AUUCUUCGCAGAUAUAUGAAAACAGUAAAUGAAUAAAUAAAAUAUAGACAUACACAUCUUUCUCUAAACGUAUAUGCCUCAACUGGCAGACCAAAACUUUUAAAUAAGAUACUCCAAUUUGUUGGAGUAAUAUUCAAGAUUGUGGAUUCAAUACUACAAAACUUUGGAAUCAUGCCUGCCAAAGAUGAAGAAGAUGUUGAUCCUGCUACUGGAUUGAUGGUCAAAGAAAAAGCUGCUAUCGUAGAAAGCUGGAAAUAUGUUUUACCAAACCAGAAGGUCGAAUCUAUAGCAUUCUUCGAAAAGUUGUUCACAACAUACCCACAAUACAUAGACUAUUUCCCUAAGUUCAAAGGCAAACAAUUGGCUGAAAUGAAAGAAAUGGGCAGUUUUGUUUUGCAUGCAAAAAGUGUGUUCACAGCUUUGACUGCCAUUGUCAACAAUCUUGAUAAUGCUGAUUAUCUAGUGAAGUUGCUGCUCAAAACAGGCAAAGACCACAAAAUGAGAGGGGUUCCGAAACAGGCGUUCCGUAACUUGGCUUUGGUGUUUAUGGAUUUCAUGGAAGAGAGAUUGGGAAGCAACUUCACUCCUUUGGCAAAAUCUUCGUGGGAGAAAGCGUUAGCAGUUGUGGUUGAUGUCUGCCAUAAAGGUAUGACUGAUGAGUGAUAAAAAUGUUGCCUCAAAGACCAUAUUGUACCUUUUUAGGUACAAGGACAAAAACAACAAUAACAACAGGAAAAAA